AUGUCUAGAGAUAUUGACAAGUGUCUUUUGAGUGAAAGAGUAAACACCAAAAUCAAACAAAAUGCAAGCCGAAAAGUAAAUUUUGGAUCAUAUAAUAAUUACAUUCCAGUCAGUGAACUAAGUAAGAAAUCAUGGAAUCAGCAAUAUUUUUCCCUGCAAUUUCCAAAACCACCACGGCCAGGACAAAAAAAGAGAUCAAAACCUUCUCAAUUAGAAGAGAAUACAAUUCCUACAUAUGAUGAAGAAAAAUUAAGAGGACAACAAAGACGACCAUUAUGGAUGCACCGAUCCUUAAUGACAAUUUCCGAGAGACCCUCUGUUUACUUAGCUGCCAGGAGGCAGCCAUACUCCCGACCAACUUCUACUCCAAAGGACAAAGUGGAAUCCACAGCUGUAAAGAAGUCAGCUCUGAAGAAGGGUAAAGAUGUGGGCAGUGAAAGUGAAAAAGAAACUACAGACACUGAAAGUGAAAAGGGGGAUGUAAAGAAAGAUGCCAAAAAAGACAAAACAGAUUCAAAGAGGGUCAAGGACUCAGCACCAAGUAAAAAAGAAGAUGUAAAGAAAGAUGCUAAGAAGGACAAAAAAGAUUUAAAAAAGGGCAUGGGUACAAGUACAGAUACUGAAAGUGAAAAAGGAGAUUCAAAACAAGAUGCCAAGAAAGAAAAGAAAGAUUCAAAGAAAGAUAAGGAUUCAACCAUAGCACUGGAAACUAGCAAAGGAGAUAAAAAGAAGGAGAAGGAUGUAAAAGAUGAAAAAAAGCCUGGUAAAGAAGGUAGUCAACCAGAGGACAUUAGCAAGAAAGAUGCAAAGAAAGGUGGUAAAAAAGAAAAGAAAGAUGAGAAGAAACCUAGUGAGGUAACUAGUGAGGGAAAGCUCUCCUCAAAAGAUUCCAAAGGAGAUACUGAAACAGAAUCAAUGGAUGCAAAGAAGGACGCAAAGAAGGAUGAAAAGAAGGAUGGAAAGAAGGAUGCAAAGAAGGAUGGAAAGAAGGACGCAAAGAAGGAUGGAAAGAAAGAUGCAAAGAAGGAUGAAAAGAAGGACGCAAAGGCAGAAAAGGAUGCAAAAAAGGAUGAGAAGAAGGACUCCAAGAAGGAUGAGAAGAAGGACGCCAAGAAGGAUGAGAAGAAGGACGCCAAGAAGGAUGAGAAGAAGGACAAGAAGGACGCCAAGAAGGAUGAGAAGAAGGACGCCAAGAAGGAUGAGAAGAAGGACGCCAAGAAGGACGCAAAGAAGGAUGAGAAGAAGGACGCCAAGAAGGACGCAAAGAAGGAUGCAAAAAAGGACGCCAAGAAGGACGCAAAGAAGGUUACAAAGAAGGCCUCAAAGAAGGAAUCCAGCGAAGAUUCAAAGGAUUUGAAGCAGAGUUCAUAA